AUGAGUGAUCUCGACUCACAUAACACCGCCUCCGAUGUUGACGAUGAUGACCAUGAGCCAGAGCCAGCACUGAAAAUCACCCUCCACCUCCACAACAAACCCAUCGAACUCGCCUUCCACCACAUGGACGCCACGAUCCAAGACCUCUCAGACGACGUCGCCGAGGAAUUCCACAUCCCGCCCUCGAACCAGAAAUUCCUCAUCUCCCCCAACAUCGGGCUGCUCAAACCACCCUUUAAAGACCCCGAACUACGUCUCCAGACCCUACAAUCGAAGAAGAUCGCCCUCAUAGGCGCCACAACAGCCGAAGUCCACGAGCUCCAAACCGACAUCUCCGACCGCCGAGCCCGGAUGGAACGCCGUCGCUUAGCCCAGAAUGCUGGUAGAAAGGUCAAAGCGAACACAAGCAAAGACUGGAAGAAAGUCCAAGACGAUGCCCGCUACCGCUUCCACACCAUCCGCCCUCUCCCUUACCUCACCAACCCCGAGAAAUCCCAUCGCUUCCUAGAAAGACUAGCCGACGACGCUGGGAUAAAAUACACUAUGCGCAAACACGGGUUCGCCGUCGGCCUGCUAACAGAAAUGAACCCCGUGGAACACACGACCGAUACCAGCCGCACCUUGGGUUUGAACCGCAACGCAGGCGAAGUCAUCGAGCUCCGGCUCCGCACAGAUGCUUAUGAUGGGUAUCGGGAUUACAAGGUUAUAAGGAAGACAUUGUGUCACGAACUCACGCAUAAUGUCUGGGGUGAUCACGAUAGGAGGUUUUGGGAUCUGUGUAAAGAGAUUGAGAAGGAAGUCGAGGAGAACGAUUGGAGGAGGGGGGGACAUAGUGUGGGGCGGGAAGAGUUUUUCAAUCCGGGGGAUGUUGGGGUGGGAGAUGGGGAGGAGGAUGGGGCGGCGCAUGAUCAUGGGAGGUGGACGGGUGGGGAGUAUGUGCUUGGUGGAGGGGGUGGUGGUGGUGGUGGGGGCGUAGCAGCGGGGUCGGGAGGGGAGCUGCUUAGUAGACGGGAUAUCAUUGCUAAGGCUGCGGAGGAGAGGGCGAGGAGGCAGCAUGAGGCUAAGGAGGCGGAGAGGAAGGCUAAGGAAAGCCCAUCUUCCGCUGGGGCUUGA